AAGAAGACAAAUCGUAUGCGGUCUUUCGCCUUGUCGCGUUCUGUGAGUAAGAUAUUUCAUUCUCACGUAAAACCACUUCUGAGUUCCGUUUCGCUACGAUAACCCUGUAGAUUCGUCGUGAACUUGCAGCCAGCCAUAAUAGCUACCUUGUUGCUUCGACGAGGCGAGCACUUACAUAUCACCACAUCUGGCAGCAAUGGCCGACGAGCGGAAGCAAGAGGCCAAGGGUCACAAAACGCCCAAAGGCUUCUUCCGCCUCUCCGGUUUGUGGAACUACCUCGCGCCCAACCCACCAAAUAAGCCCAAGGCGAAGGAACCUAAACUAUACCGCUAUUCUCCACGCGAAAGCAGCGAUUCCGUGAGCGCCAUCACAUCCUCGAAAAAGAGAGAGCAUAGCGGCUGCGACGAGCGCUACAGGUAUUCGGACGGUCCACCCUCACCGCCUGCAGCUGUGGAGUCGCCAACGAAGAUGAAGGCAGACCAGCGUUACAGGCUUUCCGACGAGCUACGGCCACCGCUGGCCGCGCUUAAGUCUCCGAGGAAGAAGAAGGGGGGACAUCGCUACAGGUACUCCGACGAUGUACUCUCUCCACCCGUCGCUGCUGGUGUGCUGUCGGAGUUAUCUCUUGCCGAAGGGACAAAAGCAGCGGGAACGUCGGCGAAAAAGCACAACAUCAGAACUGGGAGAAAAGCUACCGAAAGGGCGGCCGUGGAGUCGAAGCCCGCAGCCUACCGCAUGACGGGCGUGAACCGACACCAACGAGCCACCCAGCAGCCGAAUGUCGUGGGGGCUGUCAAAGAUCUCCUGUCUCCGAUAAACUUGUCUCUACACAAGUCGGCCUCUCAGCAGUUCAGCACUUGCACAAAUAUGACCGGCAUCGUCUCUCCACCCGUCAAGCGUUGCCGAGAGCGCCAAUACAACAAGCAUGCGCGGCAAGUAAGGGCUCCAAGUAUGGCCAGAGGAAACAUUCGUUUCCCCCAGAUGCUGCCGAUUUACCAGGCUGCUCAGCAGCAUCGUGAGCAGCAGCGACAACAGCAAAAGGUACCGGUGGCCACCGAAGUCACGUGGGACAGCGCGUGGUGGGCCACGUUCGUGCUGAUUGUUCUGGUCGGAGUCAUAGGGACGGUGACACUCAUCGUGGUCCUGUACGACAGCGAACCGUUCAGCACCACAGACAUCGGCACAGGAACCAAUGAGUUCUACUGGCAGAACCUUUACGCGUCUAAUUCAGUGGCGAAAUUCACGCUGACCGCCCCAUCGACGCCCAAAGCUAUAUUGGAAACGUUGCCUAGCACUCACGUCUGCGUGUAUAGCGUAUCCGCAGAGGGUCGCAGAGAACAGCCCGAUGCAUCGCCUUACGUUGUCGACACGUUACCGCUCGACUCUUGCAACUUGGUCGUCUACUGUUGCGCCAGCCUGAGCGACCAGUACGCUCCCAAGCCGCAAGCGGCUGAGGAGGACAACUUCGAGCGUCUGUGGAACAUGACAGCGGCAGUCCGGCCCUGGCAGCAGAUCAAGGUUCUCAUCGGCAACGGCGUCGACCAGCUAGAUCGAUUCAAGCUUCUGCUGGAAAAUGACGCAGUUGCUGCGAAGCUCGCGCAGAACACGGCCGCCUGGUGCAAGGGACAGGGAUACUCGGGCGUGUACCUUCAGUGGCCGCGUGGAGGCGUAUUCACGUGGAACGCGAUUGUUGCUUCACUCACCAAGCUGCAAAAGCUCUUCCAGAAGCAUUUGCUCACUGUGGGCACGGUGGUGUCCCAGCCUGUCGACUACGGAGUUGGUGAUUACCUUUACGGCCUUGCCAAUGUGCUGGGAGACGCUUCUAUACUUCUGCGGCCGCCCUCUUACGCUAGAAGUAACUUCUACCCUAAGACAUUCAGCUACUACACGGGUCAGCGACUAAAAGCGCUGGCGUCGAUUGCAAGUUCACUGAAGUCGGCGACAAGUCAGCGGAGCCUCUGCCUCAUGGUGCCAGCCAACGCUCUCGCCUUCCUCGUAAACGACACACAGAGCCCUUUCUUGGACGUCCUUGAAGACGAGGCUUCUAAAGGACCUGCGCCACCAAGCAAAACCUCGCCUUCGGGCCAGAGGUCGUACUUCGAGGCGUGCGCCGCGACUGCCAAGAUGAACAAUGUACGGGUGCUCCCCUACCACGUUCUCGCCAAAGGACACGGCUUGUGGCUCUCGUACACAACGCGCUUGCGCCUCAGCGGCUUCCUUGAUGAAGCCAAGAAUCGUGGUUUCAGCUGUGCAGGGAUCUGGAACUCCGAGAUGGACGACUUCGCCAACCUAUGCGACAGUGGCCACUACCCGCUUGUAAUGGCAGCGGCCCAUGAAUUUUUUACAGCACCCAAGUAGCCCAUGCCAUAGAGAGUGUGUUCGACGUGGCCGCGUGCAUCCCACGCCAGCAUUUCCGAAAUG